AUGACCCUGUCAUUGGCUUUUUGGCUCUGCUGUGUCUUCUGGCACCACUUUGACGCUCAGAUAAACCACGGCGCCGCCCAUAGCUGCCAUGAGGCUCUACUGUCUCAUGUUUACUGCAAUGGAUAUUGUGACGUUAGUUUGGAUUUGAAUAUCGUCUCGGGUCAAGAAAUCCGUUUUGUUCGAGUUUACGACCCCAACACUGUUGCUGCUUUUCUCCCAGUCCACAGCGUAUCCCUGUUCCGCCGUGGGAUGCACCAAGCACCCAAGUGUCAGGUCAUGUCAUAUCAGGUCACACUUCAGCUACCCGCACCAGCGUCAUCCUCUGACAAACGCUUCUAUCCAGUAACCUUAUAUAUCAACCCUCCAACAUGUCGUGGCUACGAGAGCCGGCCAUCAUGGAAACUCUACCGAGCACACCAUUACACUACACAGCAGGUUUGUCUGGGAUCUGGUGAUUCCUUGCUCAUCGAUUUCUUUAACGUUAGCUACCUUACCUAA